CGUCCGCAACUGUGGUCCGCAGAUGUUCCUGAUCAGCCGCAAGGGCGGCACCCUGCUGACCAUCAACAACUUCGUCUACCGGUCCAAUCUUAAGUUUUUCGGCAAGAAAAAUGAUAUCCUGUACUGGGAGUGCGUCCAAAACCGAUCUGUCAAGUGCCGCAGCCGCCUGAAGACCAUCGGCGAUGAUCUCUAUGUAACCAAUGAUGUGCACAACCACAUGGGCGACAACAAGCGCAUUGAGGCGGCCAAGGCGGCUGGGAUGCUGAUCCACAAAAAGCUGAGUUCCCUCACGGCGGCCGACAAAAUCCAGGGCUCCUGGAAAAUGGAGGCCGAGGUCAAUCUGGAUCAGCUGCCCAAGAUGUAGCCGCUUCUCGACAUUCCCACCCACACGUCCGAGCUAUGUUAAGGCUAGCUAAUGUAUUUCACGAUUGUUCUUGCAAAGUAUCUUUCUCAUUUAGACUGAGUGUCUCGCGAGCCCAGUUAGGAUGGGUAAGUAGCCUUUUCAUCUGGGAUCUCACAGUACCGUUCUUGUAAUUCGCAAAGUCCCGGGUCAUAUUAUUUAUUCUGUUCUCAUUGCUUAGACGCAUUCGGCCACGGCACUGACUUAGGCAAUGGCUUGUGUUACGUACAAACUAUGAACUCGUAAUAAAAUCAGAUGAACAUCUAAACGAGUUGGAAUUACAUGAUCUCGCAAACGAUUCAAGAGUAUUUUCGCUAUCUCUAGAUAGACCAUCUGUUAAACAAAUUCCACCUUAACUGCUUUCUUUGGGUAGCAUUUUAUUUUGUGCGCUAAGUUAUAACUAAGGAUCGUUUCGCUUAAAAAUAUUUAAAAAUGGAAGAGAAAAAUUAUUUUUCCCUUAAUGAUGUUUUUUUGUGGUUUGAUUAUUCAUGAUUACGAUUAUAUCUAGUAAUCUAAUGUAGUUUUACUUAAAAAUAUUUAAUUUUGCGUUUAAGAAUAUCUGAUCUUUUCAAGAAGUGCGUAAUAUAAGUUUUUUUUUGGUAAGCUAUCGUUUGCCUUAUUUUCAAAUUAAGAAAUAGUUCUUUUCAAUUCAAUGUAUGAUGAAGCUUGGUGAUAUUACAGAACACUACAAGUUGGAGUAUUCUGAGAUCGCAUCCAGAGGAGUUAAAGUCCCUUAGCUGCAUCGUGAGACUGGUAAUCUAGUCUGUAGUAAUCCAAGGCAUCUUUAGACUGCCCAGCUUUGUCCUCACAUUGUUAUGGUUGUGCGAGGAGCAAGUGCUUCGGUAUUUCACCUCGGAGCCCACCAUAAAAGUGGAGGCUCGGGCUUUGCAACCCUUGUGAUGGUACAUGCAUCGCCAGGACCCGAUUAGGUUAUCCUUUCCCAGAAUUCGAUGGACGAUGAAGUGCUCAUUGGCUAUGAUUAGCUUCGGACGCCUGUGGGCAGCCAGAUUGAACUCCGCAGGCCCGUCGUACUGCAGGCCCUUCCUCGAGUAGCGGCGACGAACUGAAACAAAUUAUGGAAGCUCAUGUCAGAAAAUGAUAUUGAUUACAUGCACAUAGGUCAUUUUAAAGCUAGCCUUAAUGGUUAAAACAGAUACAAGAUUUUUCUAAGAUCGUUUAUUUCGUUUUUUGUUUUGUAAAGUGCUUAGAUCUAUCAGGACUUAAUCAACGUUUCACUUAGCCUAGAUUCAGGUGGCUCGAUUUGCAGAAUGUAGUCUUUGGACUAUUAUAAACUUACCCAAAGAUGUAUAUAUUGAAAAAUAUAGAUUUUGAUUUGUGAUGCUAUUCAAUUGUUCGUAGUUAUACAAAUCAUAUGGCACCGGUCAUUGUUGUUACAACUAGCUAAAUUAAGAAAAAUUAAAGUGGAUUUAAAUUGUGUCUUUUGAAGCCUA